AUGAAGCUGAAAUCUUCUAAAUGGGGUUAUCUGUUGCUUCAUUUCAUGACCCUGUUCUUUUACACACAGUCAGCAGUACACUCAGUGUCAGUGCCAAACUUCAGGCAUCAUGUGACGGAGCACAGCCGACUGUCAGACCGCACGAGUCGCAGGUUAACACGCACCUACCAGCUGUACAGCCGGACCAGCGGGAGACACGUUCAGGUGCUGAGCAAUAAAAGAGUGGUGGCUAACGGAGAUGACGGAGACGUCCAUGCACAACUAAUUGUGGAGACGGACACAUUUGGGAGUCGGAUCCGCAUCCGUGGAGAGAAGUCAGGCUUCUAUAUAUGCAUGAACAAGAAAGGAAAGCUGAUUGGACGGAGGAAGGGUCAUGGCAGGGACUGCAUAUUCACCGAAAUCGUCCUGGAGAACAACUACACAGCGCUACAGAACGCCAAGUACAAAGGCUGGUACAUGGCGUUUACGCGGAAGGGACGGCCGAAGAAGGCCACCCGCACCCAGCAGCACCAGAGAGAGGCUCAUUUCAUGAAGCGCGUGCCACAGGGACACCUUAUCACUGAGCACAAGCCCUUUGAAAUUCUUCAGGUCAACAAGAGAACUAAACACAGCCACAGAUCUGCUGUUAACUGA